UCACAGCCCGAUAGUGGUUUAGUUCAGUUCCAAGCGCGAGCGCCAUCAUGAUUGGCAGUUCUGUUAGCCGUCGAAGGGAGGAGGUCUUCUACGUUCUUCUCAUCGUGGUAUUUAUCGUAGCGAAGGCCGGAGUCCUUGGACAGGAUGCUGCGGAAAACGACGACGACGGCGACGGAGAUGAUGUGGUGGAGUCAACAUCCCCCAGCAGCCCACGCGUCGUCGGCGGAACCGGCGUAGCCAUCGGGGAGCUUCCGUUCAUCUGCUCCAUCCGCCAGCGGCAACCGGCCGGGUCCUGGAGCUCGCCGUCGUGGACGCAUCUGUGCGGCAGUACGAUUGUGAACGAAAAUUGGCUGCUUACUUCCGCUCACUGCGUCGCCCCGCCCCUGCCCAAGGAGAGCUUGCUGAUUGUUUGUGGUGUGCGACAGGCCAGAACCGUCGCCGGGAUUGAGCCCAGUCCGGAGUACGUUGACGGACAGCGGGGAAGCGAUUUGGCACUGAUACUGCUGAAGAAGCCGUUGGUGUUCACCGGAAACGUGCAACCGAUACCGAUUUUUGAUCAACGAAUCCUGCCUACCAGUGUGGCCACCAUCGUUGGCUAUGGCGUUUCCUCGUACGGAAAGGACGGUUGGCAGCCUAAUGGAUUAGAGGCAGCCACCGUCCCGAUUCUCUCGAUGAAAGCUUGCAUCCGGCGGUUGGGUACCCUAGCUACCUAUCUCACCAGUGACACAAUCUGCACCGACAUCGCAGGACCAACGGGCGCCGCCGGGACCUGCGUAGGCGACUCCGGCGGUCCCGUCAUAAUCGGCACCGAGCUGCAUCCCUUCAACCUGCUGGCCAUCCCAGCGUGGACGGUCACGCCGUGCGGAAGUGGCCCCUCGAUGCACACACUCGUUUCCGCCCACAUUGAGUGGAUUCUUGCCGUUAUCGUUCCGAAUCUGAAAUUCAUAAACCGGGUGAUAUAUCUUGGUUCACCAUCGCGACCUAGACGGAUUAAAGCCCAGUUUGAUUUAGCCAACUCGAUGGACAACAUGCUGAAGGGAGCAAUUUUGUGUCUGUGUUUGAGCGCCGUACUGGCCUCCGCUACGGUUGACAGAGGAUCCCGCGUGGCCGGAGGAACCGAUGCGCUUGCCGCCGAGUACCCGUACAUCGUGUCCGUCCAGCGGUUCUUGCUGUUGCGAGCAAACCAUGUCUGCGGUGGAACCAUCAUCAACGACUUCCACGUGCUGUCCGCUGCCGAGUGUUUUGCCAGCAAUUUGAACAGCCGGUAUCGCGUCCAAGCUGGAAAGCUGUCCCUGAACCAGUUCGAGAUCACCGAGCAGACGAUCAACGUGCUCAACUUUGUGAUUCAUCCCUCCUACGAUCAGUCGUUGAGUCCGUUCAACAUUGCCGUGAUUCGUCUGACGUCUCCGUUCGGCUUCACAGCGUUCAUCCAGCCCAUCAACCUGCCGGCACCGGACACCAUCCACAGUGGCAUCGUACGAUUUGCCGGUUGGGGAUCGACCUCGGUCAGUCUGCUGCCAAGCACUCCGGCGCUCCUCCAGCAGGCCCGAGUUGCCGUCUUUCCCAACCCUGCUUGUCAAGCGCUGAUGGCUGAUCCGGAAGACCCGCAAAUGACCCCAAUCACUCCGCUGCACGUGUGUCUUGGACCCGUAACCGGUGGAAUUGGACCUUGCUCCGGCGAUGCUGGCGGUCCAGUUGCGCAAGUUGUCGACGGUCGACACGAGCUGGUCGGUAUCCUUGGCUGGAGUCCUCCCAUCUGCGCAAUUCCAGGACUUCCUUCGGUGACCGUGCGAGCGUCGGCCCACAUCGCGUGGAUCAACGCGGUCAUCAACCCAAAUCCGGAAAGUUGA